AUGAAGGAACAACAUCAUGGUGGGUUGAAAGCCCUCUUCAAGAAGGAUAUAUCCCCAUCCAAUUCAAACUCAUCAUCUUCCAAUGCUGAUCCAUCUGCUUCUCAUACCAAAUUAUCCAAAUUGUUCCAUCAUCAUAAAGAUAAAGGAGAUUCAGGUGCUACACCUACUUCUUCGAGGAAUACAUCACCACAUGGUAAGCAACAGCAACAACAACAGCAACAACUGCAACUAGCGCAACCUGGACAAGCUCCCUCCCCAGUUACAGGAGAUGGCCCAAAGAGAACUUCAUCAGUGCUUUCCUUGAGACGCAGAAACACUAAUCCUUUGAAUCCAACUUCAAGUGGAAGAGAGAGAGCCAAUUCUGAGUUGCAACACCCAAAACCACAACAUGUUUCGGGUGCUACACCUAACAAAAAGUUGACUAAAGCUGAAACUUUGGCCCAUUUCCAACAAAUGGAUAGUAGAAACAAGGCAACACAACACUUAAGAAGUAGCAGAGUGCCAUCGGUUCAUAACUUACCUAGUCACUCGCCAGGUUUAGAGACUGCAUCACCUAAUCAUGAAAAAAUUGUUUAUAAUCCAUAUGGAAUGAAAAAGACUCCAUCACAAGAACCCAAGAGAAAUACUAGUUUUUAUCUUUCAGGAAACAAUGAUGGUGAAAGAAUUGUUGCUAAUCCAGUGGCUAACCCCAAUGAUUAUCUUCCACCUGAUUUACAACAACCGCAUGUCAAUUUAUUAGAGGAUUUUGAAAUUGACGUUGGUAAUAAGAAAUUGGGUGAUGGUGGUUCAUCAGAUGUUCGAAUUAUAAAUUCCCGUCACAAUAAACGUAGCUUGUAUGCAUUGAAAAAAUUUACCAUGUUGAGUAAAGAAACUGAUGAAGAAUUUUAUCAACGAGUACUGAAGGAAUAUAUUAUACAAAAAAAGUGUUCUCGAUCAAGACAUGUGGCUGAUGUAUUGGCAAUACUACGUAUCCAAAGUCAAGCAAAUUUGACUCGUGGUUGGGGUGUGGUUAUGGAAUUUUGCAGUGGUGGUGAUUUAUUCUCGUUGAUUGUUCGACCUGGAUGGAAGAAGUCGCCAUUGAGCGAAAAAUAUUGUUUGUUUAAACAAAUUGCUUAUGGUUUGAAAUUUAUUCAUGAAUGUGAUGUUGCCCAUCGUGAUUUGAAACCAGAGAAUGUAUUACUUGAUGGUAAUGGUAUGGCCAAAUUGUGUGAUUUUGGUGUUAGUACAUAUCAGCAUGAAGUUCCUGGUGAUUUCAACAGCCCAGUGAGGUUAUCAACUUCAUAUGUUGGAUCACCACCAUAUUCGCCACCUGAAGUUAUGGUUUUAAAAGAUAAAUCAGCAUCAGAAGCUAAAAAUUUCGCUUAUGAUAUGUUCAAAUCUGAUCAUUGGGCUUUAGGGAUGUUAUUGUUUUGUCUUAUUUAUGGUGGUGUUCCCUUUCAACAAUCAACACCCUUGGAUCAUGCGUAUAGAGACUAUGCAUUCAAUCACAAGAGAUUUUGCAGUGACCAUCAAAAUUUCAAAAACAAUAAAGGAUUCAAUAAAGGACCAGGAGUUGAAUUUAAGAUGGCGGCUAAAUUUGAAAGUACUGGUGCCUCAAGAGUUGCUUGGAAGUUGUGUGAUCCAUCAGUUUCUACUAGGUAUGACUUGGAGUUGUUGUUUCAAGAUCCUUGGUUUCAAGCUGUUGAAAUGUGCAUUUACGAAGAUCCUGAUCAAGAUGUCAAUCCAUUUGUGUUGCCUGGAACUGGUGGUGAGGCCCCUGGUUCAGGUACAUCAUCAGGCUACAAUUCACAAGCACCUUCAAGAAAGGGAACUUUUAUUAAACAUAAUGGCAAUGGUAGUGUUAAUGGAGAUGGUUAUGCAAGUCACGAUGAAGGUAAUAAUAUUCUUAGUGGAUCAUUACGAAGCAUGUUGGACUUGACUGAUGCCUCCGAAAAGACAAACAACAAUAACAUCAAUAGUGGUACAAGAAACGCGUCAUCGAGUAAUGCAUCGCUUCAUUCAUAUGACAAUACCGCAUUACCACGUACCAAAUCAAUGCUUGAUUUUGACCAGCCAUCACAAUCAUCACCCAAGCAACAGUCUUCAUCAUCAAAUUCAUCACCACAGCAAUUACCGCAACAGCAAUUUACUCCUGAUCAUUCAUUAAACAAUGGUAACCUACCCGCGUUGGAAGAGAGCGACAUUGAACAUGAGCCAGAAUUGGAUGCAGUUCAAAAACAAGAUCAACUUGAACAAAAGCAUAUCGAACACCAAUUGCAAAUUGAGCAACAACAACAAUAUGACCAACAGCGUGGAUUAGAAGAGAAACAACGUGAAGAAAGAAGAGAGCAACUGCUGCAACCAAAAUCCUCUUCACUGGAAAAUGAACAAGAUAGAAAAGGUUCAAGUUCGCCAUCAUCUUUGAACCACGAUGCAUCAGCUCCUCCUUCUCGUGAACCAUCGAGGUUCAAAUUACCACCAAGCCGACACGACACUUCAAACACAUCGAAUUCAGCCAUCACUGAGGAUGAAGGAGAACAAGACAAUAAUGGUAGUAACGAUGAUGAAGCUAGUUGUCAUUCCUUGUCCGAUAUCAAAAAGCAUCAUGGCCACGUGUUACGUAGUGCUAGUAAUUUCAAAUUGGAAGCUGAUGGAACUUGUGAUUUGGGGUACAAGUUAAAGAGACAUCAUCAUAAUGAAGUUAGUAAUGCUGCUAGUAUAGGUAGGAGAUGA